GUGGCCAUAAGUAUUAUAAUAUAUUAUUAUAUUUAUUAUAAGGGUUGAAAGGAUACAAGAGAUGCAGGGAGAAUCAGUAGUAUAAGGGAUUCAGAGAUAUAAAGGGUAUAGAGAUGUAAGGGAUGCCGAGAUAUAAGGGAUACCGAGGUAUAAGGGAUGCCAAGGUAUAAGGAAUACCGGCAUAUACGAGAUACAGGAAUAUAGCGAAUGUAGUGAUAUAAGGGAUACAGGGAUGUUUAGGAUGCAGUGAUAAAGGGUUGGGUCUCGUAAUUGGGAAGAUUGAGCCGAGGCCCAUAAGUCAAAUUUUAACUGAUUUACAUUGCAAUUGAUUAAUUGCUCCGUGCAUAGCACGGGGCGUUCCACUAAUUUCUUUAAAAAGUAAUCAUCACCCAGUGACUACGGGUCUCUCUGCCGUAUAUGGCCGAUGAUAAGAAGUUAAGGAUGAUCAAUACAAUAAAAAUCAAUACAGGCUUGCAUAGGAUAUAAUGCGAAAACAACAAGGAGUUCAAUAUAGUUCUUCAAAUGGUAUGAUGCAAAAAUGCAUUGUACUUACACUUCCUCUGCAAUAUUGAGCUAAUAUAAUGUGAUAUUUAUUUUGUAAAAAUAAAUGCGAGCAUAAAAGUAUACAUAACCUUAAAACGAUACUGAAAAUAAACAUAAUUGUUAAUUAUUUUGAAAGUAAUAAACCGCAGCAUGUCUCAAAAAAAAAGAGUAUUAAUGGUAUGUUUGGGAAAUAGCUGUCGCUCUCCUAUAGCAGAAGCAUUAUUUGAUGAUUUUAUAAAAAAACUAAAUCUUCUCGAUUUUUGGGAAGUGGAUAGUGCUGCUCUUUUACAAUAUCAUGUAGGUAAUGAUCCAGAACCUAGAGCUGUAUCUGUACUUAAAAAUAGAGGUAUUACACAAUAUUCUCACAAAGCAAAACAGAUUACAAAAGAAGACUUUUAUAAAUUUGAUUGGAUACUGGCAAUGGAUAGUGGAAUUGCUUAUGAUCUAUGUCAGAUGCAACCAGAAGACAGUCAAGCUAAAAUUGAACUCCUGGGAAAGUACGAUCCAAAUGGAGAAUUAAAUAUACGAGACCCGUUAUUUGAUGAUGAUAGUGCCGGCUUUGAAAAAGCAUUUGAACAAGCUACAAGAAGCAUAAAAUCAUUUCUAAAACAACAUACAAGCAUUACCUGUGAUUAAUUAGCAUAUUAUAAAUUAAAUGUUAUUUAUAAAUUAUUAUAAAUAAUAAAUAAAUGUAAAGUAUGUAAAUGCA